AUGGGACUUUCUGAUAGCGAGAAGGCGGCCGUCACUUCCCUAUGGGACAAGGUGGCUCCAGAAGCCAGUAAAGUGGGGGCUGAAUCCAUGAGCAGGCUUUUCCAGAGCCAUCCCGAGACCAAGUCGUUCUUCGGAAGCUUUGACCUGUCUCCUGGUUCUAAGGAACUUCGGACCCACGGAGGGACAAUUUUUAAUGCUCUUGGAGAAGCCUCCAAAAAUCUGGACAAUCUGAACAAGUACCAGGACCUGCACACCAACAAGCUGAAGCUCAAUGCGGGUCACAUAAUGCUCCUCAAUGCUUCCAUCCUGGAGGUCCUGGCCGCUCACUAUCCCGGACACUUCGUCCAAGCCGCCUGGGAAAAAUUCCUAAAUGAAGUUGCCGGAAUCCUGACGUCUAGCUAAUCCCUGAAGACCGGACCGCCAUAUUGUUCCAACCACAUCUUCUGUAGGAGCUUUAUAUACUCCAAGCUGACCCCUUCUACAGAACAACCAUCCAUGACCCAACCUCCUAUGUCCUUCCUAUAGAGACCCCGGUGCUGUAAUAACCAAUCGAUGAAUGAUUUUAUUAAUGUAGGAUUUAUCUUUGAAAAUAAAAGAUGA